CCCUCUCCCCUUGCCCUUCGUUCUUCCCCCGUGCCCCGCUCGCUGCCCUGCUCUCCCUGCCAGUCCCUGUGUCCCAGGGCCUCUGCUCGCUGACGCUUUUCCUCCUCUUCCCCCUCCAUUCCCUUCUUCCUUCCUUCCUCCUCUUCUAACCAGCCUAUUGUAAGGGGGAAAGGGGACGGGGGUGAGAAGCCCGUGUUCAGAAUGCGCCUUUGGGCCCAGGCUCUUCCCCUCCUAAAAUACGUUGGCGCUCUGGAUAGAUCUACGUGGUCCCCAAGAUCCAGCUGACCUGGAGUCAGGAAGAACUGAGUUCAAACUCAGCCGGGACAAAGCCUUCCCUGCUCCCGUCCCCGACCCACUUCCCCCUUCGUUAGCCCCUUGGGCGAGUAACUUCCGGCCGCUCUGUCCCACCUUUGUGAAUGAAGGGGUUUGGGUGUUCAAAGGAUUCCGAGUCGGCGGUGCAGUUCGUGGCGCCCGUGGUAUGGCAAGAAGCUGAGUUCGUUGAGACAUUUCCUACGUCCAUAAGAAUCAAGACAUCAUGGCUGGAGGUUAUGGGGUAAUGGGAGAUGAUGGCUCUAUUGAUUAUACUGUUCAUGAAGCCUGGAAUGAGGCCACCAACGUGUACCUGAUAGUGAUUCUUGUUAGCUUUGGCCUUUUCAUGUAUGCCAGAAGGAAUAAAAGGAAAAUCAUGAGAAUAUUCAGUGUGCCUCCUAUGUCAGAAACUUUGACAGAGCCUAACUUCUAUGACACAAUGAGCAAAAUCCGUUUAAGGCAACAACUAGAAAUGUAUUCUAUUUCCAGGAAAUAUGACUAUCAGCAGCCACAAAACCAGACUGACAGUGUACAACUGUCCCUGGAAUGAAUGAAUACUUAGCACAAGUUGUACUCUGCUGACAGUUUAGAAGCAAAGUCGAUUCAGAAUUCUUUUUUCAAAAGCUGAAGAGUAUAAAUUUCUUUGAAUUUAUGUAUAAAUCAUGUCACUUUUAAACUAUUUUUGCCUGUAGAGUUUAUUUCAUUUUUACAUAAAUGGAAAUGGUAUAGUAAAGUUGAGUACUGGGCAACUUGGCACAAGAAACACUUUUGUUAACGAGAAUGAUUGUAGCAUGUUAUUUAUUUUGCACUCUUAGGAAAGAACUGUUCAGUCAAGGAUGAUAUUGCAUCUUUGGAUUCCUGACAGUUAAUCACAGCUAAUAUGAAAGAGACCCUAUAUGUGAAGUAGUAGAAAGAGGGCCAGUUUUAGAAGCGACAGACCUAACACCAUUCCCUAGUUCUGCUGCUUAGUGCCUAUGUAUCUCUAGGUAAAUGACUUAACCUCUCUGUGCCUCUGUUUCCUAAAACAUAAAUGAGAGGAUUAGCUCAGGUGAAAACUAGAGGCUUCUCCACAUCUAAACAUUAUGACCUCAGUCUGAUUUCAGACAUUUUUUUAAAAAUAGCUAAAUAAAUGGAAAAGAAUUGCUGGAAAAAAUUUUUAAAUUGUGAAUGCAUUAUAUUUUUAAUUGAGCAUUCUGCAUCCUCUCUAGGACUUUUUUGUUGAAGACCUACUAGUCUCUGUAAAUGACUUUCUUGUUUAUGUCAUGAUUUUACCUUUUUCUAAUUUUAAAAGACUUUUUGUGGUUGUUGUUUUUUUUUAAUUAUUAUAUUGCUAUGGUUUAUGCCUUCCCUCAUUUUUUUUUUCUUUUACUCCAAUCCUCUAGUUGGGGGCCAAAGGGGACAGCCAGAGGGAGAGUGGGUGGGUACCCUGAUGAGUCACUGGGCUGAGCUGUGCCUGCCUGAGCUUCUGUGUUUGGAUGCUGGCCCCAUUACAACCAUUGUGUAUUGUUUAUGCUUUUUGGCUUUCAGCUUCUUGGAAAAAUCUUGUAUAUAUGUUAAAUGCUUCACUAUAUUAUGAUGUUCAAAAGGGUAUUUAUGGAAUAUGCAUGUUUUUCAUAUUUUAUUUAAUAUCAAUGCAAUUAUUUAAAUAGAGAAUAGUUGAUAGUAAAACCAUAGAAGUUUUAACUGCCCAUUUAGCCAAGAUUCAAUAUUUGAAUCAUAGCUAUUCUUAAUUUUCAGAGACAAAGCAAGUAUUGUUAUUUAUCAACACCUCUACAAAUGUAAGAAUUGAUUCAUAAUACAAUGUUGAAGAAUAAAAAGAUAAAAUCAAGAAAAUCUAAUUUCCUUUUUUAAAAGUUAAAUAAUAUUGUUCAAAGGGAAUUUGUGUCAGUUCUGAAUUGUCUUACCACAUGAAGCAGUUCAUUCCAGCCACAUAUGUUAGUUUCAGUGCCAGGCUAUUCUAGGAAUUGAAAUUUAGUUAAAAGUUUGUAAACAAAUACAUUUAGUUAGGGGAAAGUGGAGAGUGGAGUGCAAGGAAACUAGUAUUCUUCCACAAGGUUGGAUUCUGAUGGAAGUGUCCUCUAGCCCUAGAGCACUAAAGAUCCACUCCACAGUUUGCCACUGAGAUGUAGAACAAUCAACCUUGAGCAAACCAUAUAAGAUGACCUCAUUGCCUCCUUUCCUUUCACUGAAAGGGGAUUGUUACCAGAAAAUCCAGUAAAUAAUUUUGGGGACCAGCAAACUUUGGCAACUAAGGGAGAAGUUUGUAGAGUUGAGCUGACAGAUGGGCUUCACCCCACCGGUCUACAUUUCUGUUUCUGUUCUCAAAUUCCAGACAACUGGAGGAAGUUGUGAAUAUUUGGUUGCUACGUCCACUAUAAAUCCAAGCUAUCCAAUUCAUGGCCUAACUAGGCCUUCCCCCCUGUUAUGCCAUUCUUUUAUCAAUCUGAUUCUUAUACUACUUACGGUGGCUAUUUCAAACAUCCCCAGCAAGCCCUUGACCUCACCAGUACUCUUUCAGCAGAUAACUUAUACUCUACUGAGGAGUGAAGCUAUAAUUUUUGCUCAUCUCCCCUCCAUACUUUCUGCCCUCAGUCAUCAGGAGUCCGUUCAGUAGCACAAGCAACUGAACGGUUCCAUAUGCACAGGGUGGAAAGCAUGUCCUAAAAAGACAAAAAUAGAAGUCCCUGCCCUCAAGGAGACUGCAUUCUUUUUUUCUGGAGGCCUGUAGCAUGUACCCAGCCAAGUACAUUCAGAGUUGUUUUGGUGAAGAAAAGAGAGCUAAUAAUGACAGAACAGAAAGUGACACUUUAGCUUGAAAAGAGCUAGAGCUUCCAAGAAUCAAAUGAGGAAGAGCACACCAGGCAGGGAGGGCAGCUUGUGCCAAGGCCCAGAAGCAGAGGACCCUAUGGCUUGAAGAGGAAGUCGUCGAAUGGAUGGCUCUCCUUAUCUACCUGCUACUUGAUAUCCCUCUAUUUAUGUACAUUAUCUCUCCAUUCCUUUGGGAGGUUUCACCAUCAGUGCCAUACAUUUCCCCCUCCAUUUUCAGUGUCUUCCUUUCAUACCUUUCACUGCCUAAAACUCUGCUUAGGUUUCCUUGUCCUAAAAAUAACCCCACAGAAACCUUCCAUUGACUCGCUGCUUCCUCAGCUACAGUCUGUUUUAAUCAUUGUCGAUUCCUUCCUCAACUCCUUCAACUCUCUUUCACUGACUACCAAAACAACUCCUUCCAGGGCUACUAAUGAUCUCAUUACUAAAUCUAUACCAUUUGACAUUAUUGUUCAAUACAAUAUUAAGUUCUUACUGUUUUCUAGGCACUGUGCUAAGUGCUGGACAACUCUAGUCUCCUUGAUAUUCUUUAUGCUCAGUCUUUCUAUGGCAUUAUUCCCUCCUGGUUCUCUUAGCUGAUUGUUCUUUUUUGGCUUUAUUUGCUGAUCCUGUGCCUUCUCAUCUUCUGGCCCCCUCCCAGGUUUAAUCUUGAUCCUCUCCUUUACACUCUCCCAUGUGAAGACACUUGCUACUGUUAAACAAAUAAUUCCAAAUCUCUAUAUAUAGCCAACACCAUAUACAAUCAUUGUCUGAUUUCUGUUAAUUACAACUCAAGAAUAUCCUUCACAAUCAUUCCUUUCCAUUUACACUGUAACCAGGUCAUUUGUUCAAAAACUUUCAAAGAUCCUCAUUGGGAAGGAGAGCCUUAAAGAAUAAAAUCUAGAUUGGCAUUUAAGGCCCAGCUUCUUAAACUGAGGCUUAUGACCCCAUGUGGCGUCUCUUAACAAUGUGAGAGCCAUGAAAUUAUGAUUUAUUAUUAGUAAAUGUUUUAUUUGUAUACCUAUUUCUAUAUCUACAUACUAGGGCUCACAUAAACAUUUCUCAGGUGACUUAUGACCAUAAGUAGAAAGUUUAAGUUAAAGUUCUGGUCUGUAGACUAUCUCCAGCUGUGUUCUAUAACACUAUUUCAUAUUGUUCCCCUUCACUCACUCUUGCUUUCAGCCAAAGUGAAUUCCUAGCCAUUCUAGAUCUCUUCUCACCGUCAUCCACCUCUGCCUUUUAACGCACUGUCCAUCAUCUUGGGAAUGCACUCCCUCUUCAUUUCUGGCUGUUAAAAUCCUUAUCUUUCAAACUCCAAUCACUUCAAGUGACACAUCUUUGAUAAAGCCCUCCCUGAUCUUCUCUCAAACACAUUAAAUUUGUCUGUCAACCAUCAUUUAUUAGCCACCUGACACAUAUUAGACACCAUCCUCAGUUCUGGGCCUCCCUCUUCAAAGAGCUUACAUCCUGAUCAGGUGCAACAAUAUGUACAUAUAUAAGCCUAUAUCUAAUAAGUCCUUAGGAUUUGUGUGUGUGUGUGUGUGUGUGUGUGUAGGUGGUAGUUCCUGAGCUGAUUCUUGAAGGAAACAAGGAAUUCCAAGAGGCAAAAGUGAUAAAAGAGUACAUUCCAGGCAUGGGAAAUAACCAAUGAAAGGCAAGAAGAGAGAAGAUGAAGCGCUUGGAUGAGGAACAAUAAAACUAAUUUGGCCGGGCUAGGCAUGAAAAUGGAAUAAUGUAUAGUAAAGUUGGAAAGGUAGACAAGAACCAAAUCAAAAAACACUUUAAAUACUUUGAAUAAAUAAAUCAAAUUUCUCAAACUUUGUUCCAGAAUUUGUUCUGUUCCAUUUCUCUAUUUGGCCCAUUGCCUUAUUUGGAUUCAUAAUUUUACUUGUAAAGAAACUAAAUUGCCUAAAACAUAGUAGGCAUUAAUGAAUUCUUGUUGAUUGAUUUCCACCUCUUUAAUUUUGGCAGUUCAAAUUAACCUUAUGCCAAGGAUUAAAUUGCAGCUAAAACUGCAACUUCAUUAAGUCUCACAGAUAAUAAAUAACUGAAGCCACAUUUAAGCCCAAGAUUUCCCUGACUCCAUGUCUAGUGCUCUAGCUACUGUACCACUUUGCCAUCUCUAACUGGCUUCCAUUGAACCCUUAUUCUGACCUAGACAUCAUAAACUCUUUAAAGACAGAAAUUAUAUUUCUAUGUCUAACACAAUAUUUUGUAUAUACUAGGCACUAAAUAAACAUUGUUGAAAUUAACUGAUUUUUUUUUUCUUUUUUGAGACUAAGUUUAAAUACAAGCUGUUUAUUUAAAUGUAGUAA